UCAAAAUUCCCCAUAGGUGUUUGAUUGGGUUCAGAUCAGGAAACAUACUUGGCCACUGAAUCACUUUCACCCUGUUCUUUAGAAAUGCAACAGUGGCCGUAGGUGUGUAUUUUGGAUCAUUGUCAUGUUGGAAAAGUGCACGACAACCGAGGGCACGGAGUGAUGGCAUUAUUAUUAUUAAACACAGCACUCAUGCAGCCCACUCACUGCCACCACCAUGUUUCACAGUAGGCACCAUGCAUUUUUCUUUGUACUCCUCACCAUUACAACGCUAUACAGUUUUGAAGCCAUCAGUUCAUUUAUCUUGGCCUCUUCACUCCAGAGUACAGAGUCUCAGUAGUCUUCUUCUAUUUCAGCAUUGGCCCCGGCAAAUUCUAUGUGGGCUUUUUUGUGCAUGGGCUUUAGGAGAAGCUUCCUUCGUGGACAACACCCAUGCAUGCCAUUCCUCUUCAGUGUACGCUGUAUUGUGUCACGGGAAACAAUCACCCCAGUUUGGGUUUCUACUUCUUUAGCUUACUGCAGUGAACUUGCAUGGCGAUUUUCUUGAAACCUUCUCAUCA